AUGGCUAGAGUGGAUCUGACCAAGGAGGAAUUUUGCCCCAUGACAGAAGAACGCAGACCUGAGUUUCAGAAUGUUUUAAAGCAAGAGCUGGAGGGGGACCAGGAAAAGAAAAACAAAGAGCAGAGUGAGGAGGCGCCAGCUGUGGUUCCCAGUAGGAAAGGGAGUUCACCUGCUGCAGGUGGCAUUAAAGCAGAUAAAACAAAGCAAAACGAGGCGGACUCUCCUAAUGAGAAGGAAGUGGAGGCUGAAUUUCUGAGAUUGUCCUUAGGUUUUAAAUGUGACUUGUUUACCUUGGACAAGAGAGUGAAGCUUGAAGAAAGGUCCCGGGACUUGGCUGAAGAGAACUUGAAAAAGGAGAUCACACAUGCCCUAAAGAUGUUAGAGGCUUUAGUGCCUUUGUGUGAAGAGGAUAACCAGGCGCAGGAGAUUAUUAAGAAGUUGCAGAAAAGCUUACAGUUCCUUAGCCAGUACGCGGCCCGAGUUGCCAGUAGAGCAGAGAUGCUGGGAGCUAUUAAUCAGGAGAGCCGUGUCAGCAAGGCCGUGGAAGUAAUGAUCCAACACGUGGAAAACCUGAAGCGCAUGUACGCAAAAGAACACGCAGAACUUGAGGAGCUGAAGCAGGUCCUGCUCCAGAACGAGAGAUCCUUUAGUUCUCUUGGAGAUCGAGAUGACUCUACGAAUAAGAAGCUACCGAACCCUUUUAACUUUAAGCCGUCAGCAUCCCUACGAAGAGUUAGCAUUGCCACAUUGCCUAGGAGUGCUGGAAAUGCAGGCAUUGGGUUGCCGCUGGCCCAGCUCCAUGAACCUGACAGGGAUGAACGGGGUGAUAAAUUCAACAGGAGAUCAAGCAGUUGGUAA